AAAAUAUGUCAAGUGUGUUCAAUGCAAACAAUUAAAAACCCUCUCACCUCUCACUAUUACUCCACUUUACGUGCUUCUAUUUUCCCUUCCAUAUGGACACAUCUUUAGUACAAAAACGCCAUUUAGACACACCCGCAGCCUCCACUCCCACCGCCAAGCGCCGCCACCUUUCCACCGCAACUUCCUUCCGUACACCACCACCGCCUCCUCCUCCGUCGCUUUUUCCGAAGCUCUCUCCCGGUGAAACUUUCUUCAAAAUCCUCUGUCCGGCUGAUAAAACUGGCGGCUUAAUCGGCAAAGGUGGCGCUACAAUCCGCCAGGUUAGAGAAGAAACCGGUGCCAAAAUCCGGAUUGAUGAUUCGCUAUCAGGGUGCGAUGAGCGUGUUAUAGUUAUUAUAGCUAAUUGCAAUGUGGAAGAAGUUGUGAAUGAUGAGGAGUUGUCGUUGUCGAUGUCGGCAUCGCAGGCGCAGCGAGCGUUGAUUAGAGUUUUUGAGAGGAUUUUGAAAGUGGAUGAGGAAGGGAAUGCGGAAGGCGAAGGGAGGAAGGAUAUAAAUGUGGUUUGUAGGUUGUUAGCACCGAGUUAUCAGGUUGGUUGCGUGCUUGGAAGAGGAGGGAAGGUUAUUGAGAAGAUAAGAUUAGAGUCUGGAGCUCAAGUUAGGGUUUUGUCAAACGAUCAGAUUCCUCCUUGUGCUUCACCUGGCGACGAGUUAAUUCAGAGUGGAAGCAGAUCAAGCAAAGUUGAACGAAGGGAGUAUCUUUUUGGAAGUCCGGAACUUGAACAUGAUAUAUACAAAGUAAGAAAAAGGAAGAUGCAAUCAAGUGGAAAAAGAUAUCUUAUUCCAAUAGAUUGCUGGAACCCUUUCAACUGGAUGUCACAAGAUGGAACUGGUUAUCACACGCCAGAGCAGUUCUCAAGGAGUUCUGGUGUUGAGAGUGCUGGAAUCAACCACAGGAUGGUCUUGGAGGAAGAAGUUGUGUUUAAGGUGUUGUGCCCAGCUGACAAAGUUGGAAAUUUGAUAGGAAAAGGUGGCUCAAUUGUUAGGGUGAUCCAGACUGAAACUGGUGCAUCUAUCAAGGUUGCUGAUUCGGCAUCUCAUUUAGAUGACAGAGUUGUUGUGAUAUCUGCAAGAGAGAACCUGGACCAAAGACAUUCCCCUGCUCAGGAGGCUCUUAUGCGUGUGCAAGGCAGAAUUGCUGAGAUUGGAUUUGAACCAGGAGCUGCAGUUGUAUCAAGGCUUCUGGUACAUGCACGUCACAUGAGUUGUCUCUUUUGUAAUGGAAGUAUCCUAAUUGCUGAAUUGCGACGAGUCACCGGUGCUGGCAUUCGUAUAUUUCCCAGAGAACAAUCUCCAAAAUAUGGUUCCCAUACAGAAGAAGUUUUACAGGUUAUUGGUAGCAUACAGUCUGUCCAGGAUGCUUUGUUCCAAAUUACUUGUAGGCUUCGGGAUGCAAUGUUUCCUCUGAAACCACAUGUAUCAAAUAUUGCCCCUCCGCAUUUUCCCCCCUAUGCUGAAAUUCCAUCUCCAUCAUUCAGACCAAGGCACGAUCCUGCUUCUCCUAGUUAUCACUCACCUGUUGGCUACCCUCAUGAUCGUGCUCCCCAUUUCUAUGGCUACGAGAGACAAGGGCAUGUUCCCUUUUUUGAUAGACCUCCUUCACCGGGAAGAUGGGGUCCUCAGGCAGUCAAUUCAAGGUAUACAGCUGGAAUGGCUGAUUGUAGCAGUGGCAGUGAGACAGCACCUAAUUUUCCAGGCAUUACUAUUGAAAUUGUAAUUCCUCAGAUGUUGUUGAAGUAUGUUUAUGGAGAGGAUUCUAGUAACCUUCGUGAUAUAACUAGGAUUUCAGGUGCUAAGAUAGUAAUUCAUGAUCCUGUAGCUGGGGCUACAGAAGGCACUGCUGUUGUGUCUGGAACACCAGAUCAAACGCGAUUCGCUCAGACCCUUAUUCAUGCUUUCAUCUUUGCUGAGCAGAACAUGUAGACCUUACUUCUUUAUCACAAUCCUAGAAGGUCGCGAAUGUGGUUUGUUUUUCUCAUGCAAUGCAGUUGACAUGUGCCUGUGAUGGUUAAAUAAGUUCAAAAUAGUUAUUGGAACAUGUAGGAAGAACAGAGUGUAUGUGAGAAAUAUCGUUCUAGGUUCUAAAGGGAAAAAAGAUCAACCAAGUGGUAAGAGAGAAUGCAGCAGAUAUUCAGGAAGGAAAAAGUCAUCAAUGCCUGAGAAUGCAGCAGAUAUUCAGGAAGGAAAAAGUCAUCAAUGCCUGUUUUUUCCAUCAUAUUUUGAUGUUGAAGUAUUUUGCAGGCAAAAAUCAUGUAGUAUAUGUACAUGUAAAAGCAACAAGCACAUGAAUUGGUCAGUUCAUUUGAUUCUUGUAGAAGCACCAUCAUGUGGGUCUGUAAGAAAUACAAUACAGCAGGUGGUAUCGUUCUAUUAUUAGUUUCUAGUCCUAGUAAUCCUUUUUCGGCUACA